GGAGAAUUUAGUCAUUCUGUUAGUCGCAUCCGUGCCGCAAAGAGUACCAAUCGGCUAGAAAGUGCUAAAAGCAUUUAACUCAAUUAGAUCGGGAGCAAGUUCAUAUUUGUGUUUCGGAAGCGUUUACUUAAUCUACGGAAAGGGAAAUAAACACAGUCAAACGUUACAUUAUUGAGAAAGUGUUUCAACAAAAUUUCUUUAUGAUGAAAAGUUAUAAUUUCUUGUGGCUGAUCACAGUGCUAGUGUUGCUUUCUUUCUACACCGCGCAGACAUGGUCAGCAUAUUUGCCAGUAGUUCAGAAACAUAACCUAAAUCAAUUGGAAGAAAUAUACAAACAACACCUACGAAUUCCAUAUACAUACAGUCCAGAAUAUCAAAAAGAUAGCAACGGGGAUGGAGCAGAUCACGCAGUCAACAGUGAGGGCAAAAGUGAUGGGAGAAGUGAAAUGGCAACAGCAAGAUACAACAACAACGACGCAGACACUUUGGCAGCAUCGUACAUCGACACGGACGAACAGGCCGCUGCACCAGGCGAUUGGCAAUUAUUACCUCAUGGAUCAUACGAUAAAAAGCAUGACGUAGUAGCUGGCAAUGUGCCCGCAUAUGCGUGGUUUUCUGAUCAGAGCGGUGUUUUUCAUGCGUACGAAAAUAGCGACGCGUACGAUGCAUUUAAAGGCGACAGUGACAGCGACAUCGACGACGACGAAAACAGCGAAGAGAAGACGAAUGCACAAAUAUUGAGCCGCAAGCGACGUGGAUUCGAUGAUUGGUUCAUAGCACCCCAUACAAGGUGGUGUGGGCGUGGUAAUUCAGCCAACAAUACCUAUAACCAACUUGGCGGCGCUUCAGACGCCGACAGAUGUUGUCGCCGACAUGAUUACUGUCCCAUGUUUAUUUCGGCUUUCAGUAGCCGCUAUGAAUUGUUCAACUAUCGUCCAUAUACAUUGUCACACUGCAAUUGCGAUCGACGUUUCCGUACCUGUUUGAAAAUGAACAACGACGAUGCGUCCAACACAAUCGGAGAACUCUUCUUUAAUAUGGUUCCAUCGCAAUGCUUUACACUACGCAACGAACGCCAGUGUCAGCAACGUAACGCCGAGGGCGACUGCAUAAAGGAGACAUUUCGAAAGCGAGCUUAUGUGCGGGACAACCAAAAGUAUUAAAUAAUACAAUGUAGCAAAUAUACAUAUGUAUGUAUAGCGGAGAGCGGGUUGAGAAGGCGUUCAAAAAGGAAUACUGAACUGAGACUACGAAAUGUGCAGGGAACAGAGCCUUGAGAAGCUAAAGUGUGAGAAAGAUCUAGAAAUUUUUUAAAACAAAACACAAACAUGUAUGUAUGUAUGUACAUUUGAUGCCAGAAGGUGGCGGACUGCGGCAACCAAAACGUUGUGCUUACUGGAGGCGCUGUGCAUGUAUGCAUGUGUGUGAGAGUGGUGUACAUAUUUAAAAAGCUACUUAUGUAUUUAGUAUGAUAUUUGCUCAGCACAUAUACACAAGUGCGUGUAUAUACAUAUAACUAAAAAUUAUUAUAUUUGAAUUAAGGCUCGGUUAUGAGUUAGUAGUCAUGACUUCUUCCAUAUUGUUUGGCCUCAAAUGAUAAAAAGAUUUGAAAUUGUAAUCUGCAUGAAUUAAUAAUUUGAGACACCCUGUCAUUUUGAAUUCAUUUUUUCUUUGAUUUAAACAUAACUGUUAAAAGUUUCGAUAGAAAGAAAUUUUCAGAAUACAGUAAAAACAAACUUUUUUUAGCAGAAAAAAAUUAAAACGCAUAUCAAAAAUGGAGAGGAGGCUCAGCCUGAAUCUGUCAAACUUGUAUUAUUAUUAUUACUUCUUUUGUAGAUGCUUAGAUGUUUAGAAAAAUAAUUAGUAUAAGCAACCUAGAGGUAUGCUUUAAAAAUAAUGUAAGAUGUUAUCUUAUACAGAUAUUUAAGUAUGUAUACUUAAUAGGAUUAAGCUUAACUUAUAAACUAAAAAAUCAGAAAGUAGAGAGAAGAAACAAAAAAAAAAAAAAAACAAAAAUAGUAUAUGUACAUACAUAUGUAAGUGAAAAGCAAUGGAUUUAAGGUAGAAUAUUUAAUUGGAAAUUAGAAAAUACGUAUGUAUGUGUAUAUGCAUACGUAUAUGUGUUUUAAGAUAUCUACCGUUUGCCAUUAAUGAGAUUAUAGAAUUAGAUUGACACAAAUGUUUACAAGCAUGCUUGUACACGUACGUACAUAUAAAUAAAGACGAAAAAAUCUGAAAUAAA